AACUAAAUCUGUACAACAUAUCUGUUUUUAUUUCAGUUUGUUUGCUUUCUGAUCUUACUUUCAUUCCAUUUACUAACCGAUCAAAAUGGUAGUUAAAGUGUUCUUUGAUAUGACUAUUGGUGGCAGCGCUGCUGGAAGAAUAGAGAUUGAAUUGAGAGACGAUGUGGUUCCUAAAACAGUAGAGAAUUUCCGAGCUCUUUGUACCGGCGAGAAAGGAUUCGGCUUCAAAGGUUCAAGUUUCCAUCGUGUCAUUCCGGGUUUCAUGUGCCAAGGAGGUGAUUUCACCAAAGGAAACGGAACUGGUGGUAAAAGCAUCUAUGGCGAGAAGUUUGCUGACGAGAACUUCCAACUGAAGCACACCGGGCCUGGAAUUCUGUCAAUGGCAAAUGCAGGGAAAAAUACAAACGGAUCUCAGUUCUUCCUCUGCACUGCUAAAACAGAGUGGUUGGACGGUGCCCACGUCGUGUUCGGAAAAGUAUCUGACGGCAUGAAUGUUGUCAAGGCUAUCGAAGCUGUCGGGUCUCAACAGGGAAAGACCUCCAAGAAAGUUGUGAUCGCCGAUUGCGGACAGCUGUAAUCUGCUAGCUAUGUGAAUGAUAUAUAGCUUAUAAUGAUGGUUUCACAAACUCUGAAGACGCUCUAAUCGUGAAAUCCUUUCUCAAUCACUCGAACAUUAUUUUUCGAAAUGAAUGCUGAUCAGUUUUUCAAGCUGAUCGAUGUGUUUUCUGUUAAAACAACAUUGAGUGAUAAAUUCAACUUUUCUCUCUA